AUAAAUUUAUAUUAUGUAAAUUAGGUUAGCCCCUUGUAAAACAAUGUAUUAGGGAAGGUUGUUUGAUUUAUUGUUGUUUGCUGCUCCCGGAUGGGAAGAGGUUUAGUCGAUCACCUGAUAACGAGGUAAAGUGGCCUCGAGCUGAAUUAUCACUUCAGUAGGUACAACACUCACUGCCUGGUCCAGUGGCAAUAUGCAGAUUGAACUGAUUGUUUCUCGGCUCCUGAAAACCCCUUUGAGACCCCAAGUGUGCAAGAAUGUUUGUUCAUACCAUGGAGGCUGGAACUCUUUGUCUUCCUCCAGACGCUGGAGGAAAUCAUUCUUUCUUCAGAGAUGUUAUUUACACUCAUCAACAAACUACAACGUGAGAUUAACACAAAAUGCUUACACUACAAAGGAAAUGCUGACUAACGUUUUCACAGAUGUGGACGGAGUCCAGAGGCCUAUUGAAGACUACUCCGAGAAGACAAAAGUAAUGUUUUAUGAAAUGUUUAAAGAAGUCAAUGAGGAAUAUGUCAAUGUACAAAAGUUCAUCACUGCAAUACAAGUGACAGGAAUCCAGCCCCACACAGAUCCUCGGCUCAAGGAUUUCAUAAACGGACUGACAAAAGCCUACAGAGAAUCAGGUAUCCUCGGCGGUUCAUCUGAGUCCCAGAAACUUUCGAAGGAAAAAUUUAUGGAAUUGAUUUCACCAAAUCUGAUGAUUAUCUCUAGAGCACUAAGGCAUGAUUUAGUGAUACCAGACUUUGGGGCAUUCCAGAAGCAAAUAGAAGAAUUUUAUAUGAAGUGUGCUGAAAAUAAAGAAGGACAUGUAGCCUCGUAUUUGCCGCAGUUAGCCAGACAAAACCCGGACACCUGGGCUGUCAGUGUAUGUACCAUUGAUGGCCAACGGUUCUCGAUGGGUGAAGCCAAUGUUGCUUUUACUCUUCAUUCUCUUACGAAGCCUAUGACCUAUGCCUUGGCACUGAAUGAACUGGGAGAUGAGACUGUGCACAGAUACAUCGGUCAGGAACCCAGUGGCAGGAAUGCAAACGAGUUGGUGUUGGAUGAUAACAAAAAGCCUCAUAAUCCCAUGAUCAGUGCAGGAGCCAUUCUGGUCGGGGCCUUGCUACAAACACUUUGCAAGCCUGAAAUGGGGCUGGCUGAAAAAUUUGAUUUUGUUGUAAAUUAUAUCAAGAGGCUUGCGGGUGGUGAAUUCAUAGGAUUCAACAACUCUGUGUUUCUGGCUGAGAAAGCUGCAGGGGACCGCAACUACGCCCUCGGAUUCUACUUGAGGGAACACAAGUGUUAUCCCAAGGGGACUGAUCUCAGACAGCUGAUUGACUUCUUCCAUCAAUGUUGCUCCUUGGAGGGAAAUUGCAACAGUUUGUCUGUGAUCGCUGCCACAUUCGCUAAUGGAGGAGUCUGUCCUUUAACCGGAGACAGGAUCCUUGAGCCUGAUGCUAUCAGAGAUGUGCUCUCUCUCAUGCACAGUUGUGGCAUGUACGAGUACUCAGGCCAAUUCGCCUUCAAGGUUGGCCUGCCAUCUAAGUCUGCAGCCCCAGGCACGAUGAUGGUGGUGAUCCCCAAUGUGAUGGGGAUCUGUACAUGGUCGCCACCUCUUGAUAAAUGGAACAACAGUUGCCGGGGUGUACAGUUUUUUGAGGAAAUUGUAAAAAUAUUCAGCUUCCACCACUAUGACAAUCCUAAACAUGCUAGAGGAAAGAAAGAUCCUUGCAAGGAAAGAUUUGCUUCAAGAGGGCUGAGUAUAGUUAAUCUACUUUAUUCAGCUGCUCGGGGAGAUAUUGCAGCAUUAAGGAGGCACAAGGUGUCAGGGAUGGACAUGAGUCAGACAGAUUACGACAAGCGGACAGCUCUACACCUGGCAGCUGCUGAGGGUCAUCUCCCCUGUGUCUCCUUCCUCAUCGACCAGUGUAAACUGCCCCUCAACUGUAAAGACAGGUGGGGAAAGACACCACUUGAUGAGGCUAGGACAUUUGGCAGGCUAAACGUUGCAGAAUAUUUGGACAAAAGGAAUGCUUUGUUAAAUGCACCAGAGAGUCAAGGAUCAAGUGAAGGUAGUUCAGAUGAGGAAGACAGUUCAGCAGCUGAGAAUGAAGUGAAAACUGAAGAAAAUAAAUAAACAGAGAUCUUCUUUUAGCACUGACUAUUUCUUUCUUUUUUAAUAACAUAAAUAUACCAUGAAGCACUGA